UCCACCCCUCUACUAACAUCUCCCAUCUGAGAGCUCAUUCAUACUGAAGAAAUGUGCUGCACGAGCCACGCUCAACCUAAGCGCGCGCGACACAUCUAUCCACACAUUCUCGGAGAAGAAACCACAAUGCCAUCGUCGUGCAAGUAGCAGGCUGAAUGGAAAAUGGUUAUAUUAUGCACUACGUUUGUUGAACACAAGUGCGUAAAGACCAACGGAUGGGGAACUAUAAGCACUUCGUGGCGCGCUGUACCUGGAGGAAACUUCCAUGCGCUCGGUCUGAUCACCGGAUCCUCUGAGAGGGAAUGAGACGAGUGAAGUCGUGAAAGUUAGACUGAAGGAAAAUGUCGGCGACACAUGCCUCACCUUUGUCCAACAAAACCAACCAAUAUGAGGAUGUGGACGCAGUCGAGGGCAACUGGCAGCUUCUCUUUGGUUUAUCCUUCGCCAUCGCCACUGUCACUUGCUUAGGAGGUUUGUACUCACUUAUGUCGCUGCUCAGGAUGAGAAGCAAGUCUUCCCUCUGUCUGAUAGUGGCCUCUUUAUCCAUAGACGACCUGAUCAGCGUCGUGCCGCUCACACUCUUCAUGAUCUUGCAAUGGAGGAGCGGAGAUGCGAACCGGUCGGGAGCGAUGUGCACUCUGUCAGGACUCCUUUACGUUUUUCAAGGGUUGUCAAGCAAUAUGAAAGCCUGUCUCAUAGUUGCCUACACUUUCUACGUGACAAAACGCUUUGGAGUGUAUCAGACGGCUAACCGACCCCUCGGGGUGUUUGUGGCUGUUGUGGCGGUGUGGACGGUGAGUCUCACGGUCAGCGUCCUGCCCGUGUGUGGCUGGGGUCGCUUCGCCCCCGCUUCUCUCGGCUGUCUCCCGGAGAACGAUAGUCUGUACGUGCUACUGCUGUUCGCCGUUUACUCACUGUGUUUCUGCGGGCUGGUAGUUUGCUCGAUUCCUCUUAUCUACCAGCUCAUGUGCUCCACGGAGGCCCUGAGAACAUUUUACCCGAGCUAUUUUGAAAUUGCCGGGUCGGCUCCGCUGUGUGAGAUCCCCUCUCUGUCACGGGAUAGCUUGGAGAAAAGUUUGGGAGCCUACAAUGAAUUCCACUCAAACACUGGCAGUUUUAAGAACAAACCGGAGACGUAUUCUUUCUCAAACUCUCCAGCAACCGGUCAUUUCCAGAAAGAUGAAGCUCAGAGUGCACGGCAUUCCCCUGUGUUUUUCUCUCAGAAGCGCUUCUCGAUGAUUCUGGCCAUGGCGCGAAUGGUUCUGUGGAUGCCAAUGAUGACCCAAAUCCUGGUGAGUCAUGCUGUUCACAUGCACAGCUCGUCCUUGGAGACUCUCUGUUUUUUCCUGACCUUGCUCUCUGCGGCGGUCACCCCUCUGUUCGUGCUUUCGGAGCGCUGGAUCCAUCUGCCGUGCGGCUGCUUCAUCAACUGCCGUCAAGGCUUAGGAUCCGAGGUUUCCAACGCAAAGAAAAGGAGAUUUGAAUUCAACCUCUCAUUCCAGCAAGGCUAUGGCAUUUACAAGAUCUCCCACAUCAAGUCACCUUCCAUCGAGAAACCCUCUUUUAACAGUUUAUACAGCUGCAAUUUCUCUGAGAGCAGAGUGGCGGUGCUGGACAGUGGUCAGAUCGGUAAGUUCAGCACCACGGCAGCGGAGGACAGCUCCCUUCACAGCAAGCUGCUGCUUGAAGAGAGAGCAGACAGCCAGCCUCAGAGCUCCACAGAAAGGGACGGACCGUGCAGUGUCUCACCUCAUGUUUCUACCUGCGAUCAUGAGGAUCUUCACCUCGACGACUCGUCUGUAUUCGAUGGUCCCGAGAGGAGACUGUCCCACGAGGAGUGUCGUAAAAUCGAGCUGACUGACUGGGAGUGGUGCAGGAGUAAGUCAGAAAGGACACCCAGACAGAGAUCCACAGCUGGGUUGGCCAUUCCAUUAUGUGCCUUCCAGGGCACCGUUUCCCUCCAUGCUCCCACGGGCAAAACACUGUCCCUCUCCACCUAUGAAGUCAGCAGCGAUGGCCUGAAGAUCUCCCCCAACAACGCCAAGAAAGUUGAGGUGUACCGCUCCAAAUCAGUGGGUCACGAACCUAGUGCUGAAGAGCACAACUCUAGCACUGGGGGUGGUGGAGUUGGAGUAGGGGGUGGAGUCGCAGACACCAACGUAAAAAUUCACCUGGAGGUUCUGGAGAUCUGCGACAAUGAGGAGGCCAUGGACAGCGUGUCUAUUGUCUCCAACAUCAGCCAGUCAUCCACACAUGCACGCUCACCUUCACUACGCUACUCUCGUCGUGAGAACCGCUUUGUCUCAUGUGACCUAGGUGAAACGGCCUCGUACUCGCUGCUGAUCCCCACAAGCAACCCGGAUGCGGACAACAUUAACAUCCACAUUCCAGAUACAGUGGAAGCGCAUAGACAGAACAGCCGGAGACAGCACCAGGAGGCUGGAGGUUACCAAGAAGAGAUACAGCUGCUUAAUGAAGCCUAUAGGAGGCAGGCAGGUGAUCAGGGGAACUGAAAUAACCAGAAACACCAGGAUAGGUCAAUGGGCUGAGAAAUCCCUAGGAAGAAGUAUAGAAGGUUUGGAUGAAAUCUUGUGAUGAAAGCUCAUAGAGUUGCAAGUUCAUGGUAGAUUAAAGCACCCACACCUAAAAAUAUUAUCAUCUAAGCACAACUAGAGUAAGCAGCAAGAUCAGAUGUCGCAAUGUGAAAAUCCAGUUUAAGGAAUCACAAGAGAGGCAUUUGUCUGCUAAACUGUUUGCUUUAGUAAGCGAUUGUGGGAUAAAAAUGCGCUAGUUGCAUGAUGAGAUGUAGUAAAUGCCUUUAGAAUUCAAAUUCAAGGUUAGCAUGCCAUAAGGAAGAGCUAGAUGUUUUGAAAGGGAAGUGAUUUGUAUGCUAACAUGCGACUAAAAUGUGAUCAGAGAUGCAACAAAUCUUAAGAUGAGACAGGAAGUUGGUUUGUUCAGAUUUGCCCUUGAUUGCAAGCCUCAGGAAUGAUAGAUCAGGGGGUUAUGACAGUAAUGGUUACUCUCGGAUGGAUAGAAGUGGAGAUGUCUUGGUUUGAAUGAAGCACUGGAGAAUAAAUCUGAAGCCCUUGAGUGGAUGAAAGUGACGUAUAUGCUGAAAUGAAGGUUAUUGGGUACAAAGAAGGAAGAAUGGACAUAACUCGCUUCUCAGAUGUUCUGUCAUUUAUUGAAUGCAAAUGUAAGAGCAUAGACAGAAAAGCUUGAGGAGAGAGUUGAAUAGAGAAGGAUAAAUACUGUCACGAGUAUAUGCGUUUGUGGUGAGACAGACAAAGAAUGGGAUUGUGAGGGCGUGUGUGCAAGGAAAAAACUAAAAUAAAUACAUUUUAGUAUUCUAGCUCAGGCAGAAACCAUAUGGCAUACUGAAAUAAAACAUUCCAAAUGUAUACAUCGCAAAUCAUUAUUUUUUGUUUGUUUUUAAUUAUGUUGUUCUGCAUAAAACAGUGUAUUCCAUCACUGUUUUGUCUAAUGUGUGUGUGACUGUUUAAAGGAAUGUUCUGGGUUCAGCACAAGUUAACUUGCACUUGUGGCAUAAUGUUGAUUUUGUCCCUCCUAUAAAAGAAAUAAAUUAAAAAAAAAGCAGAGAUCUGGAUUACGGAGAGACUUAAAAAAUAAAAAAAAUAAAGAUGUGAAUGUUAAAAUGUAAAUGUUAAAAUAAUCAACCACAAAAUUAAGCAGUGUGAUAAAACACAGACAAAUCUCUUUUGCAAUGAAAACAUAACACCUAAAACCUAUUUAUUUAUUUAUUUAUUUAUUUUAUUUUCUAUUUUCAAAGCAGACAUAACACACAGUUUCUGUCAAUAUCAUGUUGAUCUUGUGUACCUAUAGAGUAGUAUUGCAUUCUUCAUAUCUCCGAAGUGUCUUUAGUUUUGUCAGAUUUAUAAAAGAUACGUACAGAUGUACCGCUUCUCAGUCGAGCAGUCAAGCUCAUAGGGGCAUGCUGUGGAAUCAUAAAACAGGAACAACAGCUUUAUUGACUUAAAUAUGGCUAAAAAUCAGAUCCAGCCAUGUAUAUCCGAUCCGGAAUCGGAUCCCGACCUUUAUGAUGUCAUAGAGGGCCAUACUCGAAAAAACAUUCUGAAUCUUAUACAAACCCUGAAGGAGUGUCUUUGGCACAGAAAUACAGAAAAACUCAUUUUUUGAGAUUUUGGUUGAUGAGAAUCCAACUCUUCAGCACUGUGAAUAAGUCAGAACGCAUGAAAUAGCAUUAGACAUCCCCUUUAAAGAAAACUAGGAAAAAAGUGAAAAUUAAUAAUUCAACAUGUCACAUGUGAUGCCACCAAUGCUGUUGAUUACAUGCAUUAGGCCAAGACUAUUCCUUUAAUUACAAUCUUAGUAUGUAUGAAUAUGUAAAUGCUGAUAGCUGUACGUAUGCUUGCUUCUGGUGUGGUAUUUUUUCAUCUUUUUUGUUGUGCUAAAGCCCUGAAACUUGCGUUCUGCUUUAUAUGCAUUCCCGACAUGACUGCUGAGAAAAAGCGAAAGAGAUUCUGGCAAUGGAACAUUCCACAAAUGUAGAUGUGAGUGUGAUGCAUGAGCCUAUUUUAGGUGUUAAUUUGUGUGCAAAUGUUUUUGAGCCACUUAGGAAUUUUCAGCGCACUGCUUCUGCAAUCAGAAACAUGACCCUGGCCACUCGCUUGCAUUUAGUUCUGGCAUAUAUUCAGCUCUCAAAUGGACCAUUCAUGGACGAUUCAGUGGAUCCCAGUAAAAUGAAGGCAUGAUUACGCUGCUUUUCAUUUGAGCUCUGCUGUAUCAGUAUGUGAAUAUACUAUUUAAAAAUGUGAAAAUUAAAUGCAAAGGCCAUUCGUGGAGGCUGAUGUAGCUCUAAUAACUCUAAUAUCUAAAAUAAUUCACUGUAGAUAUGAUUUCUUGUUAUUUUUAAAUGUCAAAUGUCUCUGUGUGUGUGUUUAUAUAUGUUUUAUGUAUUCAGAAUAGCAGAUUAUUUGUUGUAGCCUUGUGUUUUCAAGCAGCAAAAUAGCUGAGGCAUAAUGCUACAAAAUAUUUUCAUCUAUCCAGUGUUCUCAUUAAAGAUUUAUUU